CAUUUCCCUGGAAACUCUAACCUCACCCGUCGAGCUCUCUCGCUUUCUGCAACAAGCAGAAAAAAAUAAAAAAAAUAAAAAAGGCCUGUAAAAAUCAAGGUCGCCACCGGAAUCGUCCGAGUCGCCGGAUCUUCGCCGCCGAAUUCAAAGUUAUCCACUGUUGAUCAUUUCUAAGUUGAAUGGAAAUAAGUUUUGUUCUCUAGCUAUAAGAUCCCCAAUUCUGGAAAAUUUUGGGAGAUUCUUCAAGAUUUAGACUUUCAGGACCCUCAGGAUUGGGAGGUCAGAGACAGAUGGCAGAAGCCCCUUGCAGCAUUGAUCAACUACCUGAUGGUGAGUUGAUCAAGAGUCAGAAAGAAAAGGAUGGUGAGAUAACUGAGUUACAUGGGGAAAAUGGCGUGCAUGAAGAGAAAAAAGAAUUUGUUCCACCUGCUGUUGGCAUGGAGUUUGAGUCUUAUGAUGAUGCUUAUAAUUAUUACAAUUGCUAUGCUAAGGAAGUGGGAUUUCGUGUUAGAGUUAAGAAUUCAUGGUUCAAGCGAAACAGUAGAGAGAAGUAUGGCGCAGUCCUUUGUUGCAGUAGCCAGGGUUUCAAACGAAUUAAAGAUGUGAAUCGUUUGAGAAAGGAAACAAGAACAGGUUGUCCGGCAAUGAUAAGGAUGAGGCUGGUGGACUCCAAGAGGUGGAGGGUGUUAGAGGUUAUGCUCGAACACAAUCACCUAUUAGGUACUAAGAUAUAUAAAUCUGUUAAGAAGAUGGGAACUGGAAACAAAAGGAAGUCACAGUCAAGUUCAGAUGCAGAAGUACGAACAAUCAAGUUGUACCGGGCGCUCGUAAUAGAUGCAGGGGGUAAUGGGAACUCAAGUUCAAAUGCAAGAGAAGUUGGGAGCUUUUCUGAAGUUCCCCAUCAACUGAAUCUUAAAAGGGGUGAUGCACAAGCUAUUUAUAACUACCUUUGUCGUAUGCAGUUGACUAAUCCAAACUUCUUUUAUUUGAUGGAUCUCAAUGAUGAAGGGCACCUGCGAAAUGUGUUCUGGGUUGAUGCUAGGUCAAGGGCUGCACGUGGUUACUUUAGUGAUGUCAUUUAUAUCGACAACACUUACUUGUCAAGCAAAUAUGAGAUACCACUUGUGGCAUUUGUUGGAGUAAAUCACCAUGGCCAGUCUGUUUUAUUGGGUUGCGGCCUGCUUGCAGGUGAGACAACAGAGUCUUAUAUUUGGUUAUUCAAAACAUGGCUUACAUGUCUCUCAGCAUGCACUCCCCAAACAAUUAUUACGGACAGGUGUAAAGUUCUGCAGAAUGCAAUUGCAGAGAUAUUUCCAAGAUCUCACCAUCGUUUUGGUUUGUCACAUAUCAUGAGAAGGGUUCCAGAAAAAUUGGGAGGAUUGCGUAACUAUGAUGCAAUCAGAAAGGCUUUGAUUAAAACAGUUUAUGAAACUUUGAAAGUAAUUGAAUUUGAAGCAGCAUGGGGAUUUAUGAUCCAGCGAUUUGGAGUUGUUGAUCAUGAAUGGCUUCGAUCACUAUAUGAAGAUCGAGUUUGGUGGGCCCCAGUUUAUUUAAAGGACACAAUCUUUGCUGGAUUGUCUUCUGCCCAGCCUGGUGAGGCAUUGAAUCCAUUUUUUGAUAAAUAUGUGCAUAAACAAACUCCUUUGAAAGAAUUUCUGGAUAAAUAUGAAUUAGCUCUCCAAAAAAAGCACAAGGAAGAAACUCUUGCAGAUAUCGAGUCUAGAAGCUCCGGCCCACCAUUGAAAACCAGAUGUUCUUUUGAGUUGCAGCUGUCAAAAGUGUACACUAGGGAAAUAUUUAAGAAGUUCCAAUUUGAGGUGGAAGAAAUGUAUUCUUGUUUUAGCACUACACAGAUACAUGUUGAUGGACCAAUUAUAAUAUUUUUGGUCAAGGAACGUGUAAUGGGCGAAGGAAAUCGAAGGGAAAUUAGAGAUUAUGAAGUCCUGUAUAACAGAAGUGCAGGAGAGGUUCGAUGCAUUUGCAGCUGCUUCAACUUCUAUGGAUAUUUAUGUCGUCAUGCUUUGUGUGUGCUUAACUUUAAUGGAGUAGAAGAAGUCCCUUCAAAAUAUAUUUUGUCGCGGUGGAAAAAGGAUUACAAGCGCUUGUACAUUCCAGAUCACAGCUCCAAUAGAGUCAAUGUUACUGAUCGUGUUCAAUGGUUUAAUCAGUUGUACAGAAGUGCUUUGCAAGUUGUAGAGGAAGGAGUGAUUUCUUUAGAUCACUAUAGUGUUGCAUUGCAAGCAUUUGAAGAAUCAUUGAACAGGGUUCAUGAGGUAGAAGAAAAGCAAGAAUAGUUUUACAAUCUUAUUGUUUGUCACAUCAUUCCAGGUGUUUUGCAGAUGGAUGAAGUGUCCCUCAACACUGAGCCAGUAGGUGAGGAUGAUGCAGAUGAAUUUGAGAUUGAAGGAGAUUGUGCAAUGGCAGAAUAUGUUGGUCAAACUGGUGUAAUCCAGGGGGAAAAUCCUCUGCCUCCUUCUGUUGGAAUGGAAUUCGAGUCCUACGAGGAUGUAUAUUACUUCUACAAUUGCUAUGCCAAGGAACAGGGAUUUGGGGUUAGAGUAAGCAAUACAUGGUAUAGAAAGAGUAAAGAAAGAUACAGAGGAAAGCUUAGCUGUAGUAGUGCAGGUUUCAAAAAGAAAAGUGAAGCGAACCGGCCAAGACCUGAAACAAGAACUGGGUGUCCAGCAAUGGUCAAAUUUAGGUUGAUGGAAAACAAAAGGUGGAGAAUUAUUGAAGUUGAGCUGGAGCACAAUCACUUAAUUAGCCCAGCAAGUGGAAAGUUCUACAAAUCACAUAAGCUAAUAGGUGCUGGAACUAAAAGGACAUUGCAAUUAGAUGCUUCUGACGAAGUGCAGAAAAUUAGGCUGUAUCGCACUGUGAUUGUAGAUGCUGAGGGCAAUGAAGGUGUAGAUGAUGAUGAAGGACAGUGUGGAAAUCCUCCCCACUCCAGUCAGUUGAAGCUUAAAGAGGGAGAUGCCCUGGCGAUUCAGAAUUUUUUUUGCCGCCUGCAGUUGACGGACCCCAACUUCUUUUAUGUGGUGGAUCUUAAUGAAAAAGGAUGUAUGAGGAAUUUGUUCUGGGCUGAUGCAAAGUCUAGGGUUUCAUAUGGCUAUUUUGGUGAUGUCAUUGUAAUUGACAUUACAUGCUUGAAAGAUGAACUUGAAGUACCAUUGGUUUCAUUUAUUGGAGUAAAUCACCAUGCGCAGUCCAUACUAUUGGGUUGUGGUUUACUUGCUGGUGAAACUACUGAAUCAUAUAUUUGGUUGUUGAGAGCAUGGCUUACAUGUAUGUUAGGACGUCCUCCACAAACUGUCAUCACUGACCAGUGCAUAAAUUUGCAAACUGCAGUUGCUGAUGUUUUCCCAAGGGCUUCCCAUUGCCUUCAUUUGUCUCGUAUCAUGCAAGGUAUUCCGAAGAUUCUUGGAGAUUUAUUUGAAUUUGAAGCAAUUAAAGAAGCAUUGAAUAAAACAGUUUAUGACUUCCUAAGGCCCGAGGAAUUUGAAGCAGCUUGGGAGCAGAUGAUCCAACAUCAUGGAAUCAGGGACCAUAAAUGGAUUCAAACUUUAUAUGAAGAUAGGAAAAGGUGGGCUCCAGCUUAUGUGAAAGAAACAUUUUUGGCAGGCUUAUUUCCAGUCCGGCAAAAUGAGAUUGUGCCUUCAAUUUUUGAAGGGUAUCUGGAUAAACAUACUUCUAUUAAAGAAUUUUUGAACAAAUAUGAUCAAGCUUUACAGAUGAAUCAUCAACUUGAAGCCUUGGCAGAUAUGGAUUCAAGGAAUUCAAGCUUUAUUUUAAAAUCUAGAUGUUAUUUUGAGCUGCAACUCUCGAAAUUGUACACAAAUGAAAUACUAAAGAGGUUCGAAAAGGAGGUGGAGGGCAUGUAUGCUUGUUUCAGCACAAGACAGGUAAGUGUUGAUGGACCAUUAAUAACAUAUAUAGUCAAAGAACAAGUUGAGAUUGAGGGCAACUGUCAAGAGACAAGCGACUUUGAGGUAAUGUACAAUGCAUCAGAAAUGGACAUCCUUUGUGUUUGUGGUUUGUUCAACUUCAGAGGAUAUUUAUGCAGGCACGCUCUAAGUAUCCUCAACCAAAAUGGUUUGGAGGAGAUCCCACCGCAAUACAUUCUUACACGAUGGAGAAAAGACGUGAAGCGAUCAUAUGUUCUUGAUCACAGAUUUGGUGGUGGUAUUGAUACUAAUAACCCAGUUCACAGGUAUGACCAUUUGUAUAAAUGCAUUGUGCGGGUUGUAGAGGAAGGAAAGAAAUCACAAGAUCACUACAAAAUUACAGUGCAAGCUUUGGGUGAGAUAUUGAACAAGUUUCAUCUUUCAGAAAACUAGCCAUGUAUUAGCUAGGGAAGCUUAAUUUUGUGGAACUAGAAGUUAGAGAAAUAUAUGUUGUUGGUUUUAUAUGUUCACGUAAAUUACUAAUUGUAUUGUUUUGCUUCUUUAAGAAAACAUGUACAGUGGAUACCAAUUUGAAAUCUUUGGUCCAUUGGUAAAUGAAUUUUCUAAUUGAUCCCUAGUUUUCGAUUCUGGAUC